GAGAAAAUUUCGUUGCAAAAUUAUAAGCGGCAGCUCUUGUUCUUUACACGGCUUAACGGCAGGAGUAGCCAAAAUCCUGCAAUUAAUUCUAUCAAAAUGCUGACUCACUUCUAUUGUCAGGAGUCGGGACUGUAAAUGAUGACAAUAAGAGAGAGUUAUUUUUAAAUUUGAAGGCUAGAAGAAACGGAUAAUUGAUAACAGUAAACUAGACAGAGAUGUUCUCACUCUUUUAUGGACUUUGGAAGUACCUAUUUAGUCAGACAGAGUUUCAUGUACUCAUUCUUGGAAUCGACAAGGCUGGAAAAACAACUUUGUUGGAGAAGUUGAAGUCUGUAUACUCAAACUUGGAAGGCCUACCACCUGAUCGAAUUGUUCCAACUGUGGGGCUUAAUAUUGGUCGGAUUGAAGUGUCAAAUACCAAACUUGUGUUCUGGGACCUGGGUGGCCAGCCUGGUCUUCGCUCAAUUUGGGAGAAAUACUAUGAAGAGGCACAUGCUGUGAUAUUCGUAAUUGAUGCUGCUUGCCCUUCACGUUUUGAAGACUCAAAAUCUGCACUUGAGAAAGUUCUUAGACAUGAGGAUCUGAAGGGAGCCCCUCUCCUGAUAUUAGCAAACAAGCAGGAUCUCUCUGAAGCUGUAUCAGCUGAAGAACUUGCCCGAUAUCUAGAUCUAAAAAAAUUGGAUGAAAGGGUUUACAUGUUUGAGGCUGUUUCUGCUUUUGAUGGGAUGGGGAUUAAAGAAGGUGUGGAGUGGUUGGUGGAGGUAAUGGAGAGAAGCAAGCGAACUGAAACGUUGAGAAUUCGAGCAGGUGUAACUGGUCCUACCUAGAGAUUAGAGGGAAUGAUACCAAGUUUCAGUUGCUUUGCCCUGCUUUUGUAGUUUCUGUAAAAAAAUCAGGGCUCACAAGAGAUUUUAUAUUGAUUAAAAGGUUAAUCAAUUUUUUCCACCACCUGCCAAGUAUGCUUUUUUUAUUGUUUUGAUGUGUGAAAUUCAGAUAAGUACUAAUGCGCUGCAAGCUGUCGCCAUUGAAAUGGCUUCUCAUUCAUACCAAUUGUAAAAGACGCAAUUUUGUAUGAGAAAAAAGUUCAAUUGGAAAGGAGUUCUU